AUGAAUAAGCAACUUCUAAAAGCUGCUUUGAUCAUUUGCAUUAUUUUAUCAAUCAUGAUAUGUUGUAGUAAUGCAGCUUCAUACAAUGUAGUUAGUUACGGGGCUAGAGCCGAUGGUCGAACUGACUCGAGCAAAGCUUUCAUGAAUGCAUGGAAGGCUGCUUGUGCUUCGAGAAGUUCGACCAUGGUUUAUAUCCCUAGGGGGACUUACAUGACUAAACCGGUCGUGUUUAGUGGACCAUGUAGAAGCAGGAUCUUGUUUCAAAUAGAUGGUACCAUUGUUGCACCACCUAAUUAUCAAGACAUGGGUAACACCGGGUUUUGGAUAUUGUUUUCUAAGGUCUCGAGGUUAACCAUUCAUGGCGGAACCAUUGAUGCUAGAGGUUCUAAGUUUUGGGCUUGUCGACAGACCGGUAGUAAUUGUCCGGCUGGAGUAAGGUCUUUAUCGAUCUUGUGGUCGAACGAUGUUGUAAUUACGGGACUCAAGUCAUUGUACAGCGAAUUAAUUCACAUCACCGUGAGCGAUAGCAAUCAUAUACAUUUAGAACAUAUGAACAUUAUUGCUCCUAGUCGUAGCCCGAAUACAGAUGGUAUCAUUAUUCAGUCAUCUUCUGGUGUUACCAUCAAGAACAGUAUGAUCAGGACUGGGGAUGAUUGCAUUGCGGUCGGGCCUGGCUCCAAAAAUAUAUGGAUUGAAAAAAUUGCUUGUGGCCCAGGCCAUGGUAUAAGCAUAGGAAGCUUGGGGAAUAGUUUAAAUGAAGCGGGAGUGCAAAACGUGACAGUGACAAACACGGUGUUCAAGAAAACACAAAAUGGGGUACGGAUCAAAUCUUGGGCACGGGAUAGCAAGAGCUAUGCAACAAAUGUGGAAUUCAGGAACCUUAUUAUGCAGGCAGUUGACAACCCGAUCAUCAUUGAUCAGACUUACUGCCCAGAUAAUCGAUGUCCACAUCAGACAUCUGGAGUCGAAGUAAGCAAUGUGAAAUACAGCAACAUAAAAGGAACAUCAACUACAGUUGAAGCCGUGAAGUUUCAAUGCAGCGUGAGCAAUCCGUGCAGAGGGAUUCAGAUGCGUAACAUCAGACUAACCACACCAAAUAGAGCAACCACUUCAAUAUGUGAAAAUGUGCAUGGUUCCAACUCGGGCUCAGUCGUCCCACGAAGCUGUUUCUGA